AUGCUGCGCUACAGCUCCGGGCUCACGGUCACCGCCACCACCCCCCGGGGACAGCCCGGGGACGGCGGCCGCGCCCGGCGGAAGAUGAACGUCUGUAGGUUACGCUUGACGGUGCCACCUGAUGAAGUCUCACAGCCUGAACAGGGAGUGAAGGAAACUGAAAGAAAGAAAAGCGAGCUCUACCACGUACCCAAUGGGAUGUCUCCAGGGAAGCUCUCUCAUGGGAUGGUCUAUGGCGUCGUGCACCGAACUGACAACAACCAUAAGAGAGAAAUGGUGGUUUAUGGCUGGUCAGCUGAUCAGCUGAAAGAAGAGAUGAAUUACAUUAAAGAAGUGAGAGCAACUCUGGAAAAAGUAAGAAAAAAAAUGUAUGGUGAAUAUGAUGAAAUGAAACGAAAGAUACAGCAGCUUACAAAUGAACUGAAAGUGACAAAUGCUCAUCAGGAAUCCUUAGAGACUCAUGUGCGAGUGCAGGCGGCAGCCUUAGAUAGCUUUAGCGAAAUGAACAGCUCCUUGACAUCAGCAUCAAUAGACUUGCAGAAAACUCUAGUGGAUGUCACAUUGGAGAACACUGACAUAAGGGAACAAAUAAGGAAUUUAAAACAUACACACGAGCAAUCUAUGGAAAAGCUGAGAGAGAAGCAAAAGCAACUGGAAACAGCACAAAUUGAAAAUCAGUUACUGAAGUUAAAGGUGGAAUCAUCGCAGGAAGCCAAUGCUGAAGUCAUGAGAGAGAUGACAAGAAAACUGUACAGUCAGUAUGAGGAAAAGAUGCGAGAAGAGGAACAGAAACAUAAAGCUGAGAAAGAAAUCCUCCUGGAGGAAACAAAUCGGCUUCUGAAGGCUAUUGAAGAGGCCAAUAAGAAGAUGCAGAUUACAGAAACCAGCAUCCAGGAAAAGGACCAGAGAAUUGGGGAGCUGGACAGGCUGAUUGAACGCAUGGAAGUGGAGCGUCAGCAGCUGCAAAAACAGCUUGAAUUGAAUGAAAUACAAAUACAUGGAGCGAAAUCCGAAAACAACUCCGACAGUGAAAGGUCACAGCACUUGGAGGAGGUCGCAGCCAGCCUGAGAGAGCGAAUCAAACAUCUGGAUGACAUGGUGCACUGCCAACAGAAGAAAGUUAAGCAUAUGGUUGAGGAGAUUGAAAUGCUAAGGAAGAAAGUAAAAGAAAAGGAAUUAUUUAUAGUACAGCUUUUAGAAAAAAUCUCUUUCUUAGAAUGUGAGAAUAAAGAAUUACAAGAUAAACUGGACUACUUAAUGGAAAACCAACCAAAGACCAAUAUAGAGACCAGAGAUACUGGUGUAGAAUGUGACCUUCCAUACAGUCCAAGUCCUGAGAACAGAUCUCCUGAGAGCCCGAGGCCAGUGAGGACGUACACCCCGUUCAAGAGAGUGCUGGAAUUCAGCGCAAAGAACAGCACAUCUUGAGCAGUCAAGUCAUUGUGCUCUCUGAAUAGGAGCAGAUAACUUGCGCCUUUGCAGCUUGAUUAGAUAAAUUGUUAUCAAUUCAUAGAGAAGAACAGCAGCGUGGAGUCUUGCUAAAUUUAUCCUGAAAGCAGCUUUUUAGUAACUUUGUCUCUGAAGUUACUACUGGCGUUGACUGUGAGGGGGAUAUGGAAGAAGCGGGGUAAGUGAAGCAGCAAAUGUUGCUUCUUCAGAAGCUGCCCAGUGCAGUGUGUCAUUCCAAAUGCCUGCAAGGAAGGAUUUGUACAGCUGUACAGUUUUUGUUUUCUUCAAUUGUGUCGUAAUUCUGUCUGUGUGAUGAAGCUCUAAUCUAUUGUGUUGCCAGUACGACCUGAAGUGAUGCUGGCAGAGGGCAUUAGUGUGGGAGCUCCCCAUGUGCCCCUGUACAAACUGGGAGGGCAGAUCACACCUGUCAGAGACCUGGCAUAGUCGAGGGCUCUCUUCACCUGGGGGCAGCUCCCUUGUACCCAGCACUCUUUGCUGGGAGGGAGAGACACAACUGUGCUGUUCCAACCAAUUCCCUCCACACAUGAAGGUGAAUGUUGUGUUUGUUGCUCGAAACAGUAACUGACAGAGCAGAUUAUAAUGGAAUUUGCUUUGUUGGACUGAGGCAGUGGUUUGCACUUCCUCAGUCGUGGGACAGAGUGGCCAUUGGUGGUACAUUCAAUAGUAAUUGUGUAGGAAAACCCCUGACACCUUAUUUAUUUACUUUUCCAUUAGAGGAAGCAGUUUUCAUUAAACAGAAUUUUGCCUAUUGCAACCUGCAGCAGUCCCUGCAAUUCUUACAGCAACAGCAAUCCUGAAUCAGGAUUUUGGGUUUUGAGUAUUUUUUUUCCCAAAGCACUUAAAAUCUUAUCCUUGGCUUCAUGUAGCAGUAGGAAUGACUGCAUCUAGUACUGAACUUGUUUAAAUAUAUAGGGGAUUUCUUUACAUCUUGUUUUGAUCUCCCAGUCUCAGUGAACUUGAAUUUUGAAUAUUUUGUUGUAGUUCUCUUAAUAUAAAUGAAGGAUUUUUUUUUAAUUACAGUAACUACAGAAAACAAACAACUUUUGUUUUCUAUGAUCAAUACUGUUCUUGCAUUCAGCCAGUCCCGGGGGGUAUUGACCUUGCCACAGGGCUCCACAAAGGGAUUGCUUUUAUCUCCAGGCUAAUGCAAGUUCUUAAAUGCAGUCCUGUCUAUUCAAAUCAAGUACACUUACUAAAGCUGUAUUUAAAAUAAUAAUAUUGACCUCAUACUGAACCCACAAGAUGAUGAGUAGUGACUCAACUCCAGUGUCAGGGAUAAGAUUUGUGCCUGUGGAAUUGUAUCUCCAUCUAGUGGCUGAUAACAGCAAAUAUUUGGACAGUAUCUGUUAUGGAAGCAGAAGACAUUAAAAACUAAUCCCAGCUGGUAUAUUAAUGGUCACUCGGGAUGGAGCUUUAGGUUGUUACAUAAUGUCUUUUAGCAUUUUCGUGCCCAAAUAGUCCUUUUAUAUUUCAGGAAUUUAAUUGUGAACCAGGGUUUGUAAAAGUUACCUUCAAACUGAAGGUAAAUGGAUGAAGGUGAUAUUUUUAGAUAAAAGGAAAUGCAUGUUGUUGUAAAAGAGAAUAACAAGUUUAAAUAAGUGAAAAUCCUUUAUCCUUCUAGUUUUGGCCAGAAUUCAGAAAACAGAACCUGACGACUGUGAGGUGCUCAGUGAAUGGUAGGAGAGGACAGGAUACGUAUCAAAAUGUCAAAAUGCUGUUUUGACACAGACUUCAAAAGGAAGUUCAUUCUGUUUUGAUAGAGGAUCUCCUCUGAAAAUAAUACAAGCUAUUCUAAUUCUGAGACUUGCAAAAUUAUGAUAAUCUACUUGAGACUUUACCAAGACUGCAGCAAGGCCUUAAGUUUUUACUGUAAAAGUUUUCUGUGUAAAUUCUGUCUUGACUGUUUGAUGAAAUAUGGUAUUUUUUUCUAAACCAACUAAGGACUGAAGCCUAUGAUGUAUUUUAAGAGCAGUGAACUGGGUGACCAUCAUUUCAUUGUACUACUGGUCUAAAUUUGGUAACUCUGAAGAACAGGAGAGGAACCAUAUUUAUAUGAUUGUGUUACAUGAAAAUAUAGAGCUUUCUAGUGAAAUCGGCAGCAGUGUAAAUUAGCAUAGAUAAUAACAAAUCUGACUGAAAAGACUGUAACACUUCUGUAUAAAUUUUGUUGAUUUGAGAUUGAGUUAAUUAGUACUAUAAUUUCAGAAACUAGUAAAAUUUCUGUAAACAGCAAUAAAAGCCAUAUAGAAAGGUCCCAGAAAGUGCACUAAAUGUAAGUCAAUUGUAUGACUACAUUUGUACCAUGAUAAGUAUUCUUUUGUGAUUUAUUCCAGAUACUCUGGAAAGUAUUUUGGGAUACAGUUUUCAUAUAUGCUGUAUAAAUAAUGCAUUACGUUGUAUGCUUUUAAUACAUCCUGUAUGUAGGACGUGAAAAGGAUAAAUUGCAAUAAAUACUGUAUUUAAACUUGC